AUGGAGUACAUUCCAGGCAUGAGGAACUCCUUGUGUAGAAGAAUGAAGAUGAGAGAUGGGCAAUAUCACAAAGUGCGUCCCAAAGACAUAAUAAGCCUUGUAGCUUUCCCUUCUGAUAGCGUCAAGGAGGGAGACUCAGUUAGUAUUUCCUGCACAUCUGGGGAUGUUCCAAAAUCUCAAAUGAUCCUGAGGAAGAAAACAGAGUGGGGAGAAACAGAACUCGAAUCUACAGCUGGCACUUAUAUCAUUCAUGCAGCCCAGUUAGAGGAUGCUGGAAUGUAUGAAUGUGAAUCUAAAAAUGAGGGUGGAUCAGAAGUUCGAAGCCUAAUGCUUGAUGUUAAAGUACCUCCUCGAAACACAACAAUACUCAUCCAUCCAUCUAGAACUGUUCACGAAGGGGAAAAUGUCACCAUUACAUGCAAAACUUUUAGUCAUCCUCCUGCAGUGAUUGUCCUCAAAAAAGUUGAUGUGGACAAUGAAGUGACUAUGUGUUCAAAGAAUGGAACAUUUACCUUAUAUCAUGUCACUCCCGAUGACACAGGAGUGUAUGUAAUCGAUGUUUCCAAUGAAGUUGGAAAUGACUCUGGACAGAUUGAGAUCUCAGUUAUAGAAAUGCCUAAAUAUUUUUCUCCUCAACUUCUUGCAUUAUUUUGCUUAUCCUCCCUGAUAAUUCCAGCCACUGGGAUGGUCAUCUACUUCGCAAGAAAAGCCAACCACAAAGGUUCUUACAGUUUGGUAGAUGCCCUGAAAUCAAAAGUGUAGCUGUCAAUUCAACCAAAGACAUUAUUUAUCAGUCAACCUUUGAUUAUUGCUCAUCAUUCCACUAGGAAAACAACAUGCUGUGACUUCAGACUCUCCCUCCUGCACAUGGUGAACACAUGGAGAGAAACAUCUGCCUUUCCUUUUUCUUCCCAUUGGCAGGAAGCCAAAGUGAAAGUUGCUACCUAUGAAGUAUUGUUUUUCACUGGUCUGUUGAAGUAUAAUGAUUGGAGUGGUUCCUCAAGAUGUAUAUAUAGAUUAGCAUUGUCUGUACAUAUGUAAAAUAAAUAUUCCUAGUCAACUGAAAACUAGAAAAGCAUAAUUUUCCAUCAAAAUCUCCUCCAAAGAAGAUCACAAACCGGAAUACAUUUUUGAGAAUAAUUUAUAUUAACUGUCUCUUGGUAGUUUGCCUGGUAUCUUGUUUUUAAAUUUUUUGAUACAUUUUAUUUUGUAUUAACAAGAUGGAAUCUUUUAAAAAAAUAUCCUGAAAACAUCUUUUGUAAAGAUGGUAAGGUUUCAGACACGGUAUUGUGAAUCAAGAGCCAAUAUUGAAAUCAAGAUAAUUUGAAUUCAAGUACUAACUCUGACAUAGGCUAGAUGGCCUUUCUAUCCAAGGGGUUCCUCAAAUGGAUGAAAUCACAGUUUUUGGACUCCUUCCCUCAGAAAAAAAAAAAAAAAGAUGCCCAUUAGUGUUUACACUAUUAGGGUUGUGAGUUUUAUUUCAGGUACAAACAGCCAUCAUAGAAGAGGCCAAAGGUGAUGUUUCUUCUCUGUGGCUUUAAGAGUUUCUAGUAAAUGAAUAUACAUUUACAAUCCUUUAUACACAAGAGAAAUACCAUUAUAAGACCAAUCCCAAUAAAUGUGCUAUAAUUAGUGCUCAAUUCACUAUGGUAGUGAACUGGAUCAUUUACUCUAUGCGGUACUGGUGUAAUUAUAGAAAAUUUUUGUAAGUUUUAUUAUUCUGUCAUGUCCUGGGUGACUCUCUCUGUUAUCUUUAUUUGGCUUCAUCUGUAAAGUUCCUUUGUACAGUAAAAAGAUAAAUUCUAA